AAACUACAUAUUAAAAAGGAAGAAAAAAUAAGAGAGUUGGACACUAUAUAAAGAAGCAUGCUACACAUGAACUGAUGAACUCAGUAUCCCCAGCAGUGAUCAAUAGAGAGAUGACAGGAAAAGACAGUGUGAUAGUACAUGGGAUGUGGGCAAGCCCUUUCUCUAAGAGGGUUGAACUAGCCCUCAAAGUGAAGGGCAUACCCUAUGAAUAUGUGGAAGAAGAUUUCAAGAAGAAGACCCCUGAGCUGCUCAAGUACAACCCAGUUCACAAGAAGAUCCCUGUUCUUGUUCACAAUGGAAAACCUAUUGCUGAGUCUCUUGUCAUCCUCGAAUAUAUUGAAGAAGCUUUUAAAGAUUGUCCUCAACUUCUCCCAAGUGAUCCCUAUGAAAAGUCUCAAGUUCGAUUCUGGGUUGACUUUGUCCACACAAAGUUCAGUGACAUCAUGAUGACAGUAAUUAAAACCAAGGGAGAAGAACAAGAGAAAGCCCUGUGUCAGGUGUAUGAACUACUGAAGGUUCUUGAUGAAGGAAUCAAGAUCUUUUUCCCAGAUGGGAAUCCAUCUUUUGAGGCCAAGCAUUUGGGGUUACUAGACAUUGUAGCAAGUUCAGUGCUUUGCCCAUUUAGAGCUUCAGAAGAAGUCCUUGGCAUAAAGAUCAUAGACCCAGAAAAGACUCCACUGCUAAACGCUUGGAUAACAGCUUUGAGUGAGCUGCCUCAAGUUUUAGAGACACUUCCUGCUCACGGAAAGCUGGUGUCGAUUCUUGGGCCCUGGAGACAGAGUUUCAUCAAUCCUCCAGCUUCUUCAUCUUAAUCUCUAUCAGUUGACCUUAAUUUGCAUGUUCUUGCUUUGCUUCUGUAUCUUUUAUUAUGUUCUGUAUCAACUUCUGGAUUCAAUAAGCAGGCCGGCUUUCAUUUCAGCUACUUUGGCUUGUAUUACAUCAGUACAUCCCAAAUGUGAUGGGAAUAUUUCAACAAGUUAUACUAUUAUAUGAGCC